UUUGAGCAUCUUCAUUGUUAAAUUGUUUUACACAUGCUACGUUCGAUGUCCCACAUCCUUCAUCUCAGCAGCUUGUGAAGAAGAGGCAAGUGGUUCUCUGAGGUUGAAACCAGCCUGGUCUACACUGAGAGCUCCAGGCCAGUCAGGGCUAUAUAAUGAAACCCUGUCUUAAAGUAAAACAAAACCUGUAAAUGAUUUACACCUUUUAUUGCAGAAAUAUUCAAAACAUACAAAAGUAGAAAACACCUGAAUAAUAACUCCUGAGUGUGUGUUACAUAUCGAGCUAGGGAGAGACAGUCUUAUUGUCUGUCCACCCCCAGCAUGUACACACACAUACGUAUAUACACACGCACUUAAACACAUGUUCAUACCCUUUCUCCUUCCCACCUUCCUUUAUAAGAUUAUCUUAUUGGUUUGUAGUUUGUUUGUCUGAAACAGGGCCUUCCAUGUAGCUCAGGCUGGUCUCAAAUGCUGCAUCCUCCUGCCUCUGUUUCCUGAGUGCUGGCAUCACGAUGCUCGAUACACUGCUACCCUUUGUUCAUAAGAUUAAACUCCAUACAUCAAAACACGCAGAGGACCUGAGUUAGUUGCUCUAAUCAUUUGCUUAGCUGUCUCUUUCCCAGCUUAAUGUGAUGCUGUGCCUGUCUGCUUGCUGCCAAAGCCAAAGAGGCCAUGAUCACUGUGAAACGCUGGGAGGAAGCCAGUGCUGGCUUUCCUGAUGAAAGACCACUUUCUCUGUGCUCCAGGUAGCAAUAAAACUUCCCGAGCAUCCAUCUACUCACCCAUCUGAAGGGUCGGGGUGACAUCGCACCCCCAUGUAGUCAUUUGUCAGCAAGGCUCUGAGGACCUUGACAGUGACAGUAUUUCUCAUGGCUUUUACCCUCUUCCUUCUCCACAGCCUCUGCAGUAUUCAAGGACAGACGGACAUGAACACAGCCCAGGGACAAGUGUUCUUCAAAGAUGUGUGUGUGACCUUCACUCAGAAGGAAUGGCAGUUGCUGGAUGCUGCCCAGAGGCGCCUGUACAGGGAGGUGAUGCUGGAGACCUACAGGCACCUGCAAGCCGUGGGCUGCAGUGUCACCAAACCUGAGCUGAUACGCAAGUUGGAACAGGGAGAAGGUCCUUGGGAAUCUCCAGGUCUCUGCCUCUCAGAAGUCCGGGGAGCCAAUAACAUGACAACAAGCCAAGGAAAUGAAGACGAAUACUUGAGUCAAGUUUUAUUUGUCAACAAGAAAACACUAACUAAGAAGAAAAGCAAGGAUCUAAAAGAAAUAGUUUGUCUGACCACAAACUCAGUGGCCUCAAGAGAAAUACACUGUAAGUGUCACUCAGCAAGCUUGGGAAACGUUGAAGGACUAAUUACUGAUAACACAAACUAUGCAAAAAAGUUUGAUGGUUUAGGUGAGUCUAAGUCCCUUGAAAGUAAGCGUGAAAAAGAUCACACAGGAAGCAAAACCUGGGAAGCUGAUCAAAGAAAGAGACCCCACAGUCCUACCAAGGGCCUUGCUCCACUUCAGAAGGCCUCGCAUUUGGAGCAGCUUCUUGGAUGUUCAAAUUCUGGGAUGACCUCAGACAGAAAGACAGGCCCUGUUAUGCACAAGGAAGCUCACACAGGACAGGAGGCCUCUCAGGAUAGUAAGUGCGCACAAGCCACCGCCCACAAGAUCAGGUUCCAGUCUUUUCUAAGAACCCUUCGAGAAAGGAAGGCACAAGAGGCCAGCAAAGGUGGAAAAUCCUCUUGCGUGAAGUCAAAACAUGAACAUCCAAGAACUCACCCAAGGGAAAAGCACUGUGGAUGUGAUACGUUUGAGAAAUCCUGUCGUGAGAAGUCAAAUCUUACCCGACAUGAAAGAGUGCAAUCAGGAAGAAAGACUGGCGAACUCAAUGGAAGUGAGGGAGCCUUAAGAAACUCACCCCACAGCCAAAAUGAGAAAAUGCACAUGGGAGAAAAUUCAUGUGGGAAAUGUGGGGAAACCCUUCACAGAAAACCAUGCCUUACUCAGAACCGGAGAACCUGCACACCAGAAAAACCCAAGUGUGCCGACAGCCACACAGCCUUAAAGAAGUCACGUCCAGCCCGAACUCAGAUAACUACCCCAAAAGAGAAAAAACGCAAAGGUAAUGAAUGCAAGACAUCCCCGACCUCCGUCCUCAAGGGAUCCAAAUGUGCUCAGCACCAGAGACCAUCCUUGGAGGAGGAACCUGAUGAGGGGGAGGAAAGUGGGAAGUCACCCCUGGGUGAAAAUCAGAGUGCUUGCAAGGGUCAGAAAGCCCAUGAGUGUCGCAGAUGUAAGGAAAGCUGUGCUAAGAAAGCAGGUCUUACCCAACACCAGAGCUCACACCCAGAGAGCAAACCCUACGCUUGCCACGAGUGCGACAAGUCCUUCCUAGUGAAGGCAAACCUCACUGAACACCAGAGGACUCACACCGGAGAGAAACCGUACGAGUGCAGCGAGUGUGGGAAGUCGUUCUGCCAAAAAUCCGCCCUCAAGAUACACCAGAGAACCCACACAGGGGAGAAACCGUACAAGUGUAACGAGUGUGGGAAAACCUUCUGCGUGAAAUCGAACCUGACACAGCACCAAAGGACUCACACCGGAGAGAAGCCAUACAAAUGCAGCGAGUGCUGGCGAUCUUUCUGUGUCAAGUCCAACCUCGUCGUGCAUCAGAGAACCCACACAGGAGAGAAACCCUACAAGUGUUCCGAGUGCGGGAAAACCUUCUACGAGAAAUCUGCCCUCACAAAGCACGAGCGGAUUCACACCGGGGAAAAACCCUACGAGUGCAGCGAAUGCAAGAAAAGCUUCAGCCAGAGGUCAGCCCUUACCAAGCAUCAGAGAAAAACACACAAGAAGAAAGCAUCUUCCAGUAGCCUUCACGGACAGACGCCAGAAUCGACGAGUGAAGCUCGCUGAACAUCAACAAAAUCCAAGAGUGGGGAAUGAUGCUACCAUGGCAACAGGUAUAGGAAAGCAUUCACUGACAGGCUAUAAGUGAUAGGAACGAGACAAUCAAUGUAGGAUGGAAAGCCUAAGAAUGUUUCAAACACAUGAAUGCUUUCAACAGGUAUUCAAUGUUGUUGAAGGAAAAAAAUCUAAACUUUUAAUGAAUAUGGAGAGAAAUGUCCUUGUGGAAAUAUUGUCUAACUAGAAGUUAUAUUUCAGAUGUGACGUGCAACUCAUUACAUGACAGAUAACAGAACGCCAUCUGUUCUUAACAGAAAAUGAAAUAUGGAUCUUUCAUAACAAGGAUAAUUUCGGCUACUGAUUCAGUUGUAACAAACAGCCUACCCAUCUUGAUUUUCUUCAUCGUAUUCUCUCCUUUGCUUCCUAGAAGUUUAUUUAAUUUUUUUCCAUAAUAAAGAGGACAUUGACCAAGAAAAAAGAACUAAAGUGGAAACGACCAAAAAAAAAAAAAUUAGGAAUCUAAGCAAUCAAAGUAAAGAAGAUGCCAGGAGCAGCUAAUGGAAGCAACAUGAGCAAUGAAUCUCUAUGCUAAAGAUGGGGGUCAUUUAAUGCUAAGUUUAAAAGGUUGUGCGGUGGCCAGCAAGGUGGCUCAGUGGUAAGGGCUCUUGCUUCACAAGCCUGAUGACGUCAGUUGAUUCUUGGAACCUAUGUAAAGGUGGAAUGAGAGAACUGACUCUAUACAGUUGUCCUCUGAUGCCAAACAUGCACUGUGGCACACAUAUGUUCACAUA